AUGGCCACUCAGCUAUUGAAGCUUGUUGCAGAGUAUGGCUUCAAGAUCGGAGAUAUUGAGGUAGAAAUUGCAUGGACAUUCAUCGCCUCCCUCAUAUCUUUGGGUCCCAAUUUCGUCCCCCCUCACUUUUGCCGACUAAAACUACUCGUCCUUUGGCGGAACGUUCUUCCGAAACCGCAAAACAAGGACUCCUCCAACAAUGUCGGACGCUCUGUGACUUAG